CGCGUCGAGGAAGCGCCGACCGGACCAAUCGCACAGUUGGAGCAUUCCGAACGUGGCGGGCAUCGCGGCCAAUAGUGGAGGCUGGAAACGCCCUGCCGGCCCCAUCAGCUGUUCGCUGGGUUUGCUGUUAGACCCCUGUGCAUUUUUUUGUGUGUUCAAUUUGCUCAACACAACGCCACCGGCAGACACGCAUAGCCUGUACAACACCAGACAUAUACAAGCCAGCCAGCCAGCCAGCAACAGCACACAUCAUAGUGGGUAGCCGCAGGCAGCUCGGCUGAACAUAUAGAGAUCCGUAGCCUGUACAACACCCAACAGGCACGCACAGCCGGUUAGCAACAGCACACAUAGCGGAUAGCCGCAGCCAGCCCAGCAGCACACAUACAGAUCCAUAGCGUGUACAAUACACAUACACACAGUCAGUACAGCGCACAAAAGCUAUACAAGAAGAAAGACAUCGCAUAUAGAAUAGACGCAGCCUGUACAAUAUACAGUUCACACACAACAACCAUCGCAACAUACACACAGUAGAUAUGAGACGUAACCCAUACGAUACACAGGUCAUACCACGUACCGCGAUGUAGCUUCAGUUCAUUAGACAUUGCAGCAGUGAUCCAUAUGUAUUACAUGCCUAUAGGCACACAUAUAUACACACACAGGUACACGUAACUUUCUGUGCGAGUGUAAUAUUACAUUCACGUGUCAAAGUGUGACACGAGAGACUGGUAGGCUGUGAAUAUUAAUUAUUAAUGAAUGAACAGUAGGUGGUUAAAGGGUUGUGCGUACCCGGAAUGUUGGUGUGACUCUACCGCAGUGGUGGCAGCUCCACAGCAGGAGCGGGCGGUGAUGGAGGAGGAGGAGGUGGUCGUGGUGGUGGAGGAGGUGGCAGCUCGUCGACCUGCCCCAGCCGAGGAAGGAAUGAGCGCUUCUGGGGACGAGGAUGACAACAGCAGGGAGGGAGUGGGUGGCGGGUCCCUCUUCUAUGUGAACAGGAGCGGCAUUCCUCUGGACAAGAGCACGUGGGAGCGCAUGUGGAGCCACGUGGCCCGGGUCCAUCCCGGAGGCAAGGAGAUGGUUCGGAGCAUACGGCAGUGCACAGAGCUACCCAAGAAACAAUUGUCGUUGCUGCUGACGUCGUCGCCGCACUGGAGCGCGUGCGUCGUUGAUCGCACCGUGGCCGACCGCCUCGCUGCCGUUAAUUCAGUGCCCGUGCCUUCCCUGCCAACGCUGCUGCCCGCCGUGGCGAUGCUGGACCGCCUUAAAGCCAUACAGAAGUACAUGAUGGACCUCCAAUACAACCACACGGGAACGCAGUUCUUUGAAAUCAGGAAAAAUCGACCCAUCGCCGGGCUAAUGGACCUGGCACGGGACAUGGUGCGGGAGGCGCUGCCCAUUAAGUGCUUGGAGGCUGUCAUCCUCGCAAUCUACCUGACCAACGGCCUGCCCGGCGUGGAGCGCUUCCCGCUUAGCUUCCGCACGCGUUUCGGUGGCUCGGCGUUCCGCCACGUGGUGCUCGGCGUGUGCGUCGGCGGCCGCUACGGUGCGCUGGGCCUGAGCCGCCGGCCCGAGCUCAUGUUCAAGGCGGCGACGCACGCGGGCCUCGCGCCGCUCGUCGCCGACUUCCGGCAGGCGUACUCGAGCUACCGGCACGCGGUCACGCGACUCAAAGUGGGGCUCUACGUGCCGCACGACCCGCGCAGCUUCCAGCAGGUGGAGUGGAGGCACCUGGUCGUGGACGUCAGUCGCCUGAGCGGCGAGGAACUCCGCAGGGACCUGGACAAGCACGCGCGCGACAUGAAGGUGCUGAAGGGCGUGACGCUGCCCGUGUCGCCCGGGAAGGAGCGGAGGAAGAGCGUCGCGUCCACCUCGUCCACCUCGUCCCCGCACAGGGCACCCUGUGGCAGCCCGCAGCGCCGGGCAAGCAGGGUGGAGAAACUGCCCCUGGCAGCUGAGAAGAAGCCCGAGCCGAACUUCCUGAUGGAGGAAGGCUACAAGAUUCGCGUGUGAAUCGCGUGCGGGCGAGGACGGCUCGCAGGAUUGCAGUUUGCACUUUACGACGUAUUUCUUCCCAAAAAGUGCUUUCUAGAGGACCAUAGGAGUAUUCGCGAGCCGCGUGUGCGAUUACGCUUACUACCUUAUUUUACCCGGGCCAACAUUUGGUGACUCGCUUUCACGGGCAGAGUGUUUUUUUAUAGGCAGUGGAUGUUGGUGUUCGACGCGUUCUUUUUUUUUAAACAAGGUGCUUAUUUUAUCCGACAGAUGCUUCACGUCGUUCGGGCACAACGAUCAACAUUUUAGGAAAAAGAAAAACGUUUUAAACUCCUCGUAUGAAUGCCUGAGCGCCAACACUCAGACAAACGGCGGUCGCGGUGUUGGAACGGACAAGGGUGGUGGCCUCGCUCGGUUUUAAGAUGUCGAACUUUUAUCAAUCAACGUGGCGUUUCGGGGUUUUAUUUUUUAGAUUAUUUUUUUUUUACUAUCGUAACAUAACCGUUCUUAUGAUUUUCAGAAAAAAUCAGUGUCGCGCAAAGGCACUGACUGACGGAUGGAAAUUGUGUUUAAAGUGGCACCGCCAGUGAGGGCACAGGGUUACAUUUUUUUUUAUUAACGCCAGAUGAAUUCGAGCACCGUCGGGUGGCUCAUGAUAGUGCCAGGCUCGGUGUUGUUGGGCCACGGUCGACGUCAAUCGCUAAUCCCGACAGGUGAGGUGGUAGCUAUGAGCAAGUGGCUCGCAGUUUGGAAGGUUGCGAGUUCGAUUCCCAGUCGGGGGUUGACUCAAGCACCCCUUUUAAAAAAAAAUGAUGGUUGAUAAAACGAGUGCCGCUAUGUGGCAGUCGAGGGCAGUUAUCCUAAGGAUGGACUAAACCCCUGCCAUAGCAAUGUGGAAUUUACAGCACCGACUCGCGGCCAUGAACAGAAGAGGAGGAUCGUCCCAUGCCCGUACGAGCGUGGGAAACCAUCGCAAUUUUUUAAAACAUUUUUCAGCGACGUGGGAUUACCUUUUUGGAAGUGGUAUUAAAAUUAUCGUGGAAUGCACAACCACUGGGAAACGUCUUAAAUCACGAGCAGAGAUGCUAGAGAAGCAUUGCCUCCAACAAUCGGCGCGCGGCGCCACAGAGCGGACAUGCUGUCAGGGGAUUUCGGCGCAGAAGAGCCAAUGGUGAUUUUGACGCAUUGUUAUAAAAACGUCAUCUUGCGACCCCUUUAAGAAAUUUAGGCGCUGGCAGAAGACGUCGCUAGAAGGGGAGUCGGUCUGGCCGCCGGUUCAGAUUAAGGGGAUGGAGUGGCCGCCAAAGGAGGAAGCAUUCGCUGCAGAGAUUAGAGCAAUUCAAAAGGUUAUGUGCAGAUGCAAGGUGGAUUGUUACUGUCUCCGUCCCAUGAUGUAACAAUCAUCUUGGAGAGGCCUUCAUUCAGCUGCGGAUUGAUCAUGGGGGAUGAUGACAAGGAUGAUGGAACGCUUCGUUUUCAAUGGACAAUUAGAAUAGUGUAAUCCUUGUGAUGGAUUUGUACCAUGGCUCCCCUCCUGCACACCACUUUUCACCGCUUCCCGCUGAGAGGGCCACAUCUUUGAGAACGAAUGGGACACCGAGGGCUCAAUGUUAUCCGAUGGGGGCCCAUUGUUAUCUGAUUGGGGCCCGAAGCUCUUGUGGUCUUGGGGAGCUUCCCCUUUGUCCGUUCAGUUCUCUCCCCUCACUGUUUUACCAAACCAUUGUAUGCCCACUGGCAAACGCCUCAUUAUUCAUCUUGGUUCCUUCAGUUGUGGUUGUUAAGCGUGAUAUAUACGAGUGGUAAAGCUAAAUCAAAAUUCAAACAAACGACUCUAUUUUAUCUUCUUGGUUCUUUCGGUAAAGUCACUUAGAA